GAUCCCAGUUGCUGGGUUUGAGGAAUUGUUUCUCUUCCUGCCUCGAGGGAUUCACAUUCUCCAAGUUCCAGCAGCUCUGGGACUGAACGUUUAACUCGAGCUGUUUUACUCACUGGUUCUCUGCCUGUCUAGAGUUGAAACUCCCUCCCUGGAGACACGGGCAGCACCUCAGCCUUAACCAAAAUGGAUUCCCGGAGCAGAUCAGUGGAUAGUGUUCUGUCAGGGUCGGGUGGUGAGACUUUGGCUGUCAGCAAGUCCAAGUUGGAAGAUCCCGGAGUGCAAGUCUCAAGCACUGAGGCCUGCUGCCCUUUGACCUCAGGCUCUGAGCGAGACAUGCCCGCACUCUCCCGUACUGUCAGCCUGUGGAAAAUCCCGCAAGUUUCCAUGGCAACCCCUCUGGCACGGCAUCGGUCGGAGUUGGAGGUGGGCCAAGGCUCGGAGGAGGGUGUCCUGAACACCUCCUUCCCUCCACUGGACCCAGUACACCAGAAGCUGGAGAGGGUCCUGCAGAGAACAUUGUCACGGAAACAAAGAGAAGCAAGUGGACCCUGGGAGGCUGUGUCUGAUGGACCAGACCACGGGCGCUCACUCUUGUCACUGAAGCCCCUGGCCCAGUCACAGCCCAUACUUGCCAGGUGUGGUAAGGGGGUGAUGCCAGGGUCUCUGUGUACCCUUCAGAGGAUCACAGUCACCAACAGCAUGAAUGACCACCUACAGGAGAAAUGGGAAGUACCUGGCUCAAGGGCUCCAGGCUGGAGGUACCUGGAACAGGUGUGUCGCUUGUUGGACAGGAUCGCUGACCUUCAGGAAAGGAACUCAGUGCUGAAACAGGACAAACUGCAGAUGGAAGAGAAACUGAGACAAAAAGAAAAGCAACAGGAGCUUCUUCAACACUAUUGUUCCUGUGGUUCAGCAGCUUUGUACCUGGGAACGACAGGAGAACUCCAUCUGCGUGGGCACAAGGAUUCUCCACAUCUCACUCACAAUUCCACAACCCUUUCCCGACGUCAGCCCCAACACUCCCCGGAACAUUCUGGGCACUAUUGCCACAUCUCCUUGCAAAAGAGAUGGGCAUCCGACUUGGACAACUUGUGUGAGGCCAAGGGGGGCAGCAUGUUCCACCUCGAUGAAGCUGAUUCCUGCCAAUAUGGGAGUAAGGAUCAUCUAGCCUGCAGGGUUCAAAGAGAAACCUUUCAACCUAAUACUGCUCACGUUACCAAGGCCCGUCAGCCUCACUGGGGUAGAGUGAGGGACAUGCUGCAUCGCUUGAAGGGCAAGUCCAGGAGAAGAGGCAGUUUUGUGAGCCAGUUUAAAGGCUCCAGUCAUCAGAACCACCGCUUUAUCGGAGCCUCAGAAGUGGAGGUGAUGCCUCAGUCACACGGCUGCUCAAUCCAAGGAGUGAGAGCUCAAAGGGAUUUGGAAUGAAGGCUACGCCCACUGGGCAAGGAGGAAAUCAUCAGCACGGAAUUCCAUGGAUACACUUAGCUGUAUAAAUUGUGAUUGUAUCCUGGUGGAGCAGGGCGGGUGGAGGGACACAAUCUGAGCUUGCAGUUCCAGGAAAGAUAUGGAAAUGGUCCAUUCACAUUGCUCCAUUAACUGGACUGCCUUCUGUAUUCAAUUCAAUUAAACAAUAAAUGUGUUGGCUGUACAA